GGGGUAUAUAAUGAAAAUACAGGUAAUCUCACGCAUUCCGUGAGUUAAUGUAUAACUAAUAAGUAACGGCAGUCCGUUUUGAAGUGGUCAAAAUAUUCACUAAACGCUAUGGGGAAAUUUUCUGGAAAAGUAGCAAUUAUUACAGGUGCGUCUAGUGGAAUAGGCGCGGCCACUGCUGUGGCUUUAGCGAAAGAAGGAGCAAAAGUGACAAUAUGUGGACGUGAUCGAGAAAGAUUGUCAAAAACGUCUAAGUUGUGCAAUGAAGCUGGAUCUGAGGUUUUGGAAAUUGUUGGAGACUUGAUAAAAAUUGAGAAUGUUGAGUUGGUGGUCAACAAAACGACUGAGAAGUUUGGGGCUAUUGAUAUUCUUAUCAACAAUGCCGGUUAUGGAAUGUUCGGAUCUAUCGGCGAUCUCGCCGUUGAUGAUUUUGACAAUAUAUUUAUGGCAAAUGUUCGAGCACCUGUUUUCCUCUGCAAAUACGCUUUGCCUCACUUGAAAAAAACCAAAGGUUGUGUCGUCAAUGUGUCGAGUGUUGCCGGACUAAGAGCCAAACCCACAGUUGUUCCUUAUGGAAUGACUAAAUGCGCUUUGGAUCACUUCACGAGAGGAUUUUCAGCAGAAUGUAGUCCUCUUGGAAUUCGAGUGAAUAGUAUAAAUCCUGCAGCAGUACUGACAAAAUUUGGAGACCGGCUCGGCUUGCCAAAGGAGUUUGUGGAUGGGUACAUGGAACGACUAAAAUCAACUCACCAUUUUGGAUUAAUGCAGCCAGAAUCAAUAGCUGAUGCGAUAUUAUUCCUAUGCUCGUCACCUCACAUCACUGGAAUAUCUCUUCCCGUCGACUCAGGGUCGCUGAACGCUUAAUUUAUUAUAUUACACCUUCAGGUAAACUGCUAUCGCGUUCCGUACAUCGGGCACCAAUAAAAAAAAUAUCAAUUUUA